AUAUAGGUGCUUUCCUUUAAGAGGUCUUCUCUCAAGUCUCAAACCUCAUUCAAUUAUCUUUUCUUUCAUCUUCUCUUGCUUUUUGGAUGGAGAACUCAACUAAUUCUAUGAGCAAAGCCCUCUCUUCCAAUGAAAGAUCUCCAGAGGAGAGUGGCUGGACUGUCUACUUUGAAGAUUUCUUAGUCAACAACAACAACAACGAAGAAGAACACAGCUAUUGCUCUUCCCGUUUUAAAAGCUCUUCUCUUGUUUCUGAUGCUGCUUCUUUUGCCGGAAAAAAGUCUUUGGAUAAGAUCAGUAGUAAAAGAUUGAGCUUCAAGAAGAGGAAAACAAUCGGAGCUUUGGUUGAUGAUGCUCUAGAGGAUACUGCUAGUUCUCCUGUCAGCAGUCCCAAGGUUUGUAAUCUGAAUAUUGCAAAACGGAACUAUAAUACAGAAAUAUGUCAGGAGAAAGGAAGUGCUUCAGGACAGAUAGAGGGGAGAAGUACUGAAAUGGGUUUUAUUGGGAGAGAUAGUGACUGCACAGAACUGAAGAAGAGGGGCCUUUGCUUAGUUCCUUUCUCUAUGUUAAUGAAUUAUUUUGGGUAAUUCCAAUUUAAUCUUCUCUCUCUCUCUCUGUGUGCAUGAACAAAAAUCAUGUUAAACUGUUGCUGUAUAUAAUGAACUUAAUUAAGAGCCAUUAUUUUAGUA